CAAAACACCAGCACCAACAGGGCAGGGCCCUCACACUGUUGGGUGCAGCCCGAAUAAGCUGCAUCCUGUAGACGGCCUAGCUAGGGCCGUGCAAGUUCGCUGAACCACGAGGAUCAGCCGGUCCGACCCACCAGACAGCACAAGCCACAGCGCCCGCAACCUAGCGCAGGCGGUGCAGGCACGCCCACCGCCCAACCAAGUCCACACAGCCUCGCAACAUCCUAGCACAGCAGACAGCGCCAGCCAGCCUUCGCUUAGUCGGCCUGCGCUAGCCAGCCUUCGCUGGACUGCCUUCGCCAGACUGCAUUCGCCAAGCAGUUCUCUCCACUGGCCACACCACGAUGUGUGUAGAUGCGCCCACAGCUCCAGCCGCCGCCGCCCGGAAGACGCCGGUCCUGGCUCCCGCCGCAGCGUGCCCCUGUUCACGCGCGGCGAGCCCGGCGCCACGUCAGGCCGCGGCAGCAGCCCACAGCAAGAGUCGCCAGCAGCUCCAAUCGGCCCUCCGUUACCGAAAGAGCCGCUCAAGAGGACACGCCGCUGCGAGCCCGGCAGCAGCGAGCGCCCCGCCAGAAGCAUCGCGAAGCCAUGAGGACGAGGUCGACCGGCGAGCAGGCGCGCCACCCACGCUAGGUCGCGAAGGCUCCACGAACCGCGACGUCUCCGCCGCCAACGUGAUCCGUGUGCUCCUCCUGCUGAAGCUGAUGGGCUUCGAGCGGCCGAGCAAGCUGCAGCGGCCGCCAUGGCCGCCGCCGGCGGCGGGGCCGGGCUGAGAGCCUGAACGGCGCUAGCAGGGCGUGGGGCUGAGGGUGCACGUGUCGAUUGGCGGCGAGUGACGUGACUAGUUUGUUAGCUGCGGGUUAGCAGGGACUGUGCACCCCACCCAACCGGCCACGUCCGGAUUUGCGGGGAUGCCAAAGGCCCCCAACAUAGAGGCGUGUGCUUAGUAGGCGCCCGCGUCAAGGUGGCUGGGUUGAUAACGACCC